AUGCAACCUCCCAAACAGACCUCUAGCAAGUUGCAGCCUCUCGCAGUGGUGGGAUAUGCCCUGCGCUAUCCUGGCGAUGCCACAACCCCCGAGAAGUUCUGGGACAUGCUCAUUCAGCGGAAAUGCGCAUCAUCCAAGUACCCAGCAGACCGUCUAAACAUCGAUGCUCACUACAACCCAACCGCCAAUCGACCGGAUACUCUCUCCGUUAAUGGUGGUCACUUCAUCACUGGAGAUUUGGGAGCUUUUGACGCUCCAUUCUUCUCUCUCACUACUGCAGAAGCAGAGGGAAUGGACCCACAGCAACGCAUGGCGCUGGAGGUCAGCUACCAGGCCCUGGAGAAUGCAGGAAUCUCGCUGGACCAGGCCUCUGGGACAAAGACCUGCGUUUUCUCAGGAUGUUCAGCAAAUGACUACGGUACACUGCAUGCAAAAGAUCCUCAGGCGGCUGGAAAGUAUAUUGCCUAUAGCCAGGCCAUGUGCAUGAUUGCCAAUCGGAUCAGCUGGGCAUUCAACCUUGCCGGGCCGAGCGCGAAUGUCGACACUGCGUGCUCGAGCAGUUUGGUUGCCUUGGACAUGGCCUGCCAGUCCAUCUGGAGUGGGGCGUCGACGAUGGGUCUAGCCCUAGGUGUCAACCUGAUCCUCGCUCGGGAGUGGUCGAACAGUCUUGACAACCUGGGUUUCUUUUCUCAGGACAACAGAUGCUUUAGUUUCAGUGAUCAGGCAAACGGAUACUCUCGUGGCGAGGGUCUCGGUGCUCUGAUUAUAAAGCCACUAGAAGAUGCUAUUCUGGCGGGUGAUACUAUUCGCGCGGUGAUUCGGUCCACGCUUUCGAAUCAGGACGGCCGCACCCCAGGUAUCACGCAGCCGAGCCGCACCGCGCAGCAAAAGCUCAUCGAGGACGCAUACCUCCACGCUGGGCUUUCUCCUGCGGCGACAAGGUAUUUCGAGGCCCACGGCACUGGUACUGCCGUAGGGGAUCCGACGGAGUCUAGGGGCAUUGGAGCUGUUUUUCGACCUCAUCGGUCACAGGAGGAACCGUUGUACCUUGGUUCUGUCAAGUCCAAUAUUGGACAUCUUGAAGGCGGCAGUGGAAUCGCCGGUGUCAUCAAAGUCAUAUUGUCUCUGGAAAGGGGGAUUAUUCCCCCAGUCAGUGACUACUACAAGCGGUUGAAUCCGAGAAUCGACGCCGAGCAUCUUCAUGUUCAGGUCGUGUCCGCGCCUAUACCGUGGCCUGAAGGUCUCCGUCGGGCGUCAGUCAGUUCGUUUGGCUUUGGUGGUGCGAACAGUCACGUCAUACUCGAUGAUGCGUAUCACUUCAUGAAGUCUAGGGGUCUUGAAGGGAACCAUAAUACCGUGGUGGACCCCGCUGUCGUUCGGUAUCUGCUCGAGACAGACGGGGAAACGGGGGAGGUCAUUGAGCAUCCUAGCGGACAUGCUAACGGCAAGGCUAAUGGACAUGCUAAUGGACCUAUGAACGGCCAUCUGAAUGGUCACGCUAACGGACAUGCCAAAGGUGAAGCUAAUGGCGAACCCAAUGGGCAUUCGAAUGAAACCUCCAAUGGCGCAGAAAAUGGCUUCGAUGGAGCGCUUGCCAAUGGCCAAGCUACCCACCAAGACUCACCUUGGCAUCUUCUUACCUGGUCCUCUGCGGACAAGGAUGGCCUAGGUCGGCUUUCUGAGGCAUGGGAAGCAUACCUCGACUCAUCGCGGAACAACGCAAGAGAUCCUCGAUCCCAUUUUGCGAACCUAGCUUACACCCUGAAUGAACGCCGCACUCAUCACCCAUGGAGAAGCUACGCCCUUUCACAGCAUGACACUCCAGCUAAGGACAUAGUUGCGUCAUGGAGCGCGCCAGUCAAAUCCAUGGCUGACCCUACAAUCGGGUUCGUUUUCACAGGUCAAGGUGCGCAGUGGCCCACGAUGGGCCGUGAGUUGAUGGCGAGAUAUCCGGUUUAUCUCCAGUCACUGCGUCAUGCAAGCGGAUACUUGCGGACGUUGGGAGCUGAGUGGGAUAUCCUUGAUGUGCUACAAGCUGACAAGGGGGUGUAUCCUAUUGACGGACCAAGAUUCGCCCAGCCUCUUUGUACCGCUAUUCAAAUUGCCCUAAUCGACCUGCUGGAGACAUUUGGGCUCCAUCCAGCUGCUGUUGUUGGCCACUCUUCUGGCGAAAUUGCUGCUGCAUACUGCUAUGGCGCCAUCUCGCGGGAAUACGCUCUGAAACUGGCGUAUUUCCGCGGUGUGUUUGCGGGAAAGCUCGCUCAAUCUUCUCGUAUGAAUGGUGCAAUGAUGGCGGUCUCAUUAUCUGAGAAGGAGGUUCAGCCUUACCUUGAUGGCCUUCGUGAAGGAGGCAGAGACGAAGAUCAAGCCGUCAGUGUGGUAGUUGGAUGCUUCAACAGUCCGAAGAGCAUCACUCUCUCCGGUCAACGUGACCAGCUCGAGAAACUCCAGGUCCGGCUCAAGGGGGCCAACGUACUCGCUCGGUUGUUGCCUGUUCCCGUUGGUUACCAUUCUUUCCAGAUGCAGGAGGUUGCUGCAGCGUAUUCUGCGGCUGUCGGUGAUGACGAAUCCAGUUCAGCUAAGCGUCGUGCGAAAUGCCGAAUGGUCUCUUCCGUGCAUGGAAAUUGGGCAUCUAAGGAGGAACUAUCCGUUGCUCAAUACUGGGUCACAAACCUAGUCUCUCCAGUCCGAUUCGUCGAUGCUGUCAGGAAGUUCCAGCCCCGAACGGGCCAGCUCCCAACGAAGAAAAUCGAUGGGUCUCAUCGCGAGUCGGCUGUGGUCGACGUGCUGUUUGAGAUCGGCCCCCAUGGUGCCCUCCGCGGCCCUUGUCGCGACACCCUGCUGGAGUCGAACCGCAUGGGGAGAGUGGAAUACCUCUCUGCGCUUGUGCGGAAUAGGAACGGAGCCCAGAGUCUUUUGGAAGCAAUGGGGCGAUUACACUGUCUUGGAGCGCAGCUUGACUUUGCAGCCGUGAAUCUAGCUGAAGGGAUCGGCAAAGUCCUUACCGAUCUGCCUGCGUACAGCUUCAACCACGUCAAGUCAUACUGGCACGAGGGCCGAGUCAGCAAGGGCUUUCGGUUCAGGAAGUUCGGGAGGCAGGAGCUUCUGGGUUGGCCGGAGGACGACUGGAACCCUCUCCAGCCCAAGUGGAGCAAUAUCCUGCAUUCGUCAGACCCGGUUUGGGUGCGAGAUCACGCCAUUGACAACGUAACUAUCCUUCCCGGUGCUGCUAUGAUAACUAUGGCCAUAGAGGCUAUCAAACAGGUCACGGACGACGCUUCUUCCAUUACCGGCUUUGAGCUCAAGAACGUCAACUUCCGAUCCGCACUGAAGGUUGUGCCUGGCGGGCCUGGAGUAGAAACCAGAUUUUAUCUGCAUCCGCCGAGCGCUGGAUCCGACGGCAACUGGUUCGGCUUCACGCUAUGUAGCUACGACGGCUCCUGGGUGACAAACUGCGAUGGGACAAUCCAGGUCGUCACCAGCGGUAAGCCUGUCGAGCCAGUCUCCCCAAAGAGUCCCGACGACCACCAGGCGUUGAUUAAGGACAUCACAGCGGCAUGCACAACUUCGCUCGAUGCAUCCCGCUUCUAUGAGAUGCUCGGCUCGUUUGGGUACCAGUUUGGCCCGGCGUUUGUCCGAAUUUCAAGUAUUGCAUGUGAUGAUAAAAGCCAACUGCUUACGAAGAUCGUGCCGUAUCCAUCUGACAAGCCGCACUGGACGGAGACAUACACGAUCCACCCGACGACCUUAGAUGGCCUGAUGCAAACGGUUCCUACGCUCCGGUCGCGCGGUGGGCAGCGGAAAGUCCCCAUCUCUGUUCCUCGUCACGUCUCACGGGCUUGGAUAUCCCCAACUGGUCUCAGUGGCCCGAGCUGCAGCGGUAUCAAGGUAGGUACGAAGAUUGAGCACAUAGGCCGCCAGGAAUGUGUCUCCAACAUCUCGGCGUUUGAUGAGAGUGGCGACGAGUCACUCAUCCGCCUCGAGGGCGUCGUCUUCGCGACUAUCGAUUCCCAGUCACCUCAGGGCGACUCGGAUGAAGAAGUCGCUGCUUCGAAGUGCCAACACAUUGAGUGGAAACCUGACCUGCAGCUCAUGACUCCGAAUGAGAUUCAGCAAUACUGCAACGAUAUUGCUCCCACUGACACGGAAGCCCCGACUAUGCUCCGCCUCAGCAUUGACACUGUUGUUGCUGGGUUUAUUUCGCGUAUUGCGAAGGUUCUGUCUUCGACCGGCCGCCCCAAGGAACUACCUGCCGUGGUGGAAACAUAUCUGGACUGGAUAUCCCGUGAAAGCAGCAGCUUGGCCAAGCUCACAUCGAACGACGAAGACGAGGCUAGGUUCGAGACUAUGUGUGAACUUGUUGGCAGUUCUGCCGAAGGGAGGUUAGUGGUUGCGACUGGCCAUGCUUUGCUGAAGUUCGCCCGUGGGGAGCUUGAUGCAUCUGAUAUCCUCUCAAGUGGCCUUCUUAAGGCUGCGCAUGCUGAGGCUUGGAAUCGAGCCCCAGGCUCGCACCGUUGGACUGCAUACUUGGAUGCACUAGCGCACAAGCAACCAGGCAUGAAAAUCCUCGAAGUGGACGGCGGUGCUGGCUCUGUUGCAGAAUCUAUUAUAGCUACCUUGAAGCUGGGUGACGCUGGUGAUGCUGAAGUCCCUCGGUUCUCUCGCUUUGAUAUUGCCAGCACGGGUCUCGACCUACCGGCUCUCCAGCAGGGUCUAGGUGAGACUGGCAAUCGGGUUGCUUUGAAGGAGAUGGAUCUGCUUCACGAGCCUGCUGUUGAGGAGCGUGGUCAAUAUGACCUGGUCGUUCUGCAUAUGGGACUGGGUGGCUCGAUGGCUCAGGAAACUAUUUUGAGGAACUCAUAUUCUCUGAUGAAACCGGGCGGUAAAGUGGUGAUUAUCGAGACGACCAAAUUGCAUCCCCGUCGUCACACCUUCAUCCAUGGACUCAAUGAGACUUGGUGGAUGGAUGAACUUCCUAAUGGCUCACUCAAAGGAACGGAAAACAAAGAGGUCAAUAAGAAAGUAGCAAUCCCGCCCACUGAGCGGGAUUGGGACAGUCUUCUUCGUCAAAUUGGUUUCACGGGAACUGAACUGGUCUUUACGGAUUACGAGGAUAGCGUUUGUCAUGAGACAAGCAUCAUCGUUUCCACUACAGAGUCGGCAGUCGAGGCACAGAGGCCCACUCCCCCUGUCAUCAUCAUAUCUAACCCGGUUGUUCCCAAGCAGCAAGAGCUGGCCGUUGAACUGGCUAGUCUGCUUGGGACUGUCGAGGUUGACCAUUACUCCUUGAGCCAAGCCCUGACAGCAGACAUUCCCUCGGAGGCAGUGUUGUGCAUCCUCUACGAGGUUGGGGACCCGUUUCUGGCAGACAUCCAGGAGGAGAUAUUCCAGCAAUUCCAGCAGCUAUUCUCGUCCUCUGCUGAGAAAGUCAUCUGGGUGAACUCUGGCGCGGGAGAGAACUCAUCUCCCAGCUUCCGUGUUAUUGACGGGCUUUUCCGUGUCCUCAACUCUGAACUGAGCUCGAAGACUUUUGCUACGCUGUCACUCGGUGAGAUCCCGAAUGUAGACCUAAUAUUGCGUGUAGUCCGUUCGAUCACGUCUUCGGCUACGCCUGAGACUGAAUACGUUGAGCGUUCUGGGAUCUUGCAGAUCCCGCGUCUGGUGAACGCCACCGAGGUCUCGCGCUCUCUUGACGAGAUGCAAGUAUCCCAAGCCAUGACCCUUCAGCCCUGGAACGCCGAAAGCGCACGGAAGCUAUCGAUCAAGACCCCGGGACUUCUGGAUAGUUUGCACUUUGUCGAAGAUACGGACAGACAAAUCCCCCUCCCAGACCACAUGAUGGAAGUUAAAGUCAAGGCUGUCGGCGUCAACUUCCGUGAUAUCCUCAUCAUGCUCGGCCGCAUGGACCAGACAACUGUUGGUUUCGAAUGCGCCGGCAUUGUGACCCGCGUCGGGGCCGAUUGUGGGGACUUCAAGAUCGGGGAUCGUGUUCUUGGCUGCGAGUUCGAUACGUACCGGAGCUAUGCCCGGCUACAGAAAGACACGGCCGUUCGCAUCCCUGAUGGGAUCUCGUUCACUGAAGCUGCGGCGAUCCCGAUCAACUUCAUUACUGCGUGGCAUGCACUUGUUGCCCUGGCCAACACACAAUCCGGAGAGAAGGUCUUGAUUCACUCUGCAGCCGGUGGCACCGGGCAGGCUGCGGUACAGGUAGCGCAGUACUUUGGCGCUGAGGUCUUUGCCACCGUCGGAUCUGUCAAGAAGAAGCAGCUCCUUAUGGACCAAUAUGGCAUCCCCGAGUCCCACAUAUUCUCUAGCCGAAACCGAGACUUUGUUGCGGGUAUCAAGCGCUUGACGAAUGGGCAGGGGGCGGAUGUCAUCCUCAACUCUCUCUCCGGAGAUGCCCUUCCUGCUACUUGGGAAAUCGUUGCACCUUACGGCCGGUUCAUCGAGAUUGGCAAGCGGGAUAUCCUGGGUCAUAGGCCCCUGGACAUGUACCAUUUUGAGAAGAACGUGACGUUCAGCGCGAUCGACGUGGCGAUGAUGGUCAAGGAGCGCCCGGCAUUGGUGGGCAGAGCCCUUCGCGCCGUGGUACCGCUAAUCGCAAGCGGUGCUCUGCGGCUCUCGAGUCCACACAUGGUGUAUGGGAUUGGCGAGAUGGAGACGGGUCUUCGCGCCCUUCAGGGAGGACAGAGCGCGGGAAAGGUAGUGCUGGAGAUGCGCGAUACAGAUCUCGUUCGGGCAAUUCCCACAGCCAAGCGUCCGCAUCUGUUUGAUCCGAACGCUACGUAUGUCAUUGCCGGUGGACUGGGUGGUUUGGGACGUGGUAUCGCUCGUUGGAUGGCGUCCUGUGGUGCGCGGUACCUUCUUCUGCUUUCGCGGAGGGGGGCCGUCGAUGACGAGGCUGCAGCGUUCUUGAAGGAGCUGGCUGCUAGUCAGAUUAGUGCUAUUGCAACGCCGUGCGAUAUCACGGAUUAUUUGAUGUUAGAGGCUGUUUUGGGUGCGGCGUCGCAUCGCUUCCCGCCGAUCAAGGGGUGUAUCCAGGCGACUAUGGUUCUCAAGGAUACCAUCUUCGAAACAAUGACCCACGAUCAAUGGGCCGCCGCCACAAACCCCAAAAUCAAAGGCACAUGGAACUUGCAUCAGCUCCUCCCAUCGGGCCUGGACUUCUUCGUCAUGAUGUCUUCCAUCUCUAGCAUCAUCGGCAACCGAGGACAGGCCAACUAUGCCGCUGCCAACUCGUACAUGGACGGCCUCGCACACUACCGACAUGCCCAGGGGGAGCGUGCUACAUCGUUGAACCUAGGUCUCUUCCUUGACGCCGGUGUGGCCACGCAGUCACAAGCACAGCGGGACAGAUACCUAGCCAACCUGCCUUUCAACCCAAUCACGGAGGGCGAGUUACACGCUCUCCUAGCGUACCACUGCAACAGCAGCAGCAGCGCAUCAGCCACCCAAACAAUCAUGGGCCUCGAACCCUCCAGAAACGGAAGCUGGGAUGCAGACACCCACACCUGGCUCGCUAGACCAGCCUUCCGCCAUUUCGCUCUGUCUCACGCCUCUUCCGGCCAAGAGAACGGCGCAGACCAAAACGGCUCGAACAACCUCAGCGCCGAACUCGCAUCCGCCACAUCCCCCGAAGAAGCCGCGGCCACGAUGACACAGCUCCUCGUCGCAAAGCUCGCGAAGGUCCUUGGCGUAGGCAAGGAGGAAUUUGAUACCUCGAAGCCCAUGCAUGCGUAUGGUGUCGACUCGCUUGUUGCUGUGGAGAUGAGGAAUUGGUUUGCUAAGGAGGUUAAGGCUGAUAUGCCGAUCUUUGAUAUGCUUGGUGGGGCGACUAUUGAGGGCGUUGCGGUGUUGGCUGCGACGAGGUCGAAGGUUAUGGGGAAUAAGUAG